CACCUUGCUUGCUCAAUAUCUCUCUCUCUCUCUCCUUUCCUCCGUGAGUUGCGUCUCCACCUCUCCUCCCCCUUCCUUCCUUGCUCGUCUUCCCCACCCAAUCCAUUCCAUUCCAUUCCAACCCCCGGUCCCCGAGGCUGGCUGUGGCCGCCGCUCCGGCUCUGGCUCCCCGCAAUCCAACCUCCAAUCGCUCGCGAAUGCCGCCUCCUCGCCGCGGCCCCAACCCCGCCCUAAUCCCCACCCCGUCGCCUCCGCAUUAGCCAUCUCCCCACCAAUCCCUGCUCCUCGCGUUAGGGUUAGGGCACGGGCACGGGCACCCCAUCUAUCUAUCUAUUGCGACACACAGGACGCCAUGGACGAGUACCAUCACCACCACCACCGCAUGGGCGCCGCCGCCGACUUCCGCCGCGACCUCGAGGACCUCGUCUGCGACCACCUCGGCGGCUGCUUCUCCCCGCCCCCGUCCUCCUCCUCCUCCUGCUCCGCCGCGGCGGGGGGAGGCGCCGCGGACCAUGAGCCCGACGGCGAGGCCGAGUCGUCGGCGGCGCGCAGGCGGAGGCGGGAGUCGCGCCUCCUCAGCCGCUGGGUCGCGCGCCAGGCCGAGGAGGUGCUCUCCUCCAUGGAGCGCGAGGUCGAGCGCCGCAACCGCGAGGCCGAGCUCCUCGCGCUUGCGCGCCUCCACCCGGUCUCCACCCUCGACCCAUCCUCCUUCCUCCUCUCCUCGCCCGCCACGCCGCCGCCGCCGCGCCCGCAGGCGCCCUCCCCCGCCGCGCCCUCCUCGCUCCUGCAGAUGUGGCGCGAGCUCGAGCACCGCCGCGCCGACGCCCACCCCUUCGACCGCGAGCCCACCCCGGACAACGCCGACCGUGACCGCGAGCGCGUGCGCCAGAUCGCGCGACGCCUCACCGACACCGCCGACAGUCCAACGGCCGCCGCCGCCGCAGCCACAGCUAACGGGGAGUGGCUCGGCGAGACGGAGAGGCAGAGGGUCAGGCUCGUAAGGGAGUGGGUGCAGAUGGCCAGCCAGCCACGUGACUCUCGUGCGGGUGUGCGCAGGGACGAGCCUGCUGCCGGCGCCGACAGGGACAGGCGAGGGGAGCCUCCUCGGCUACGAGGCCGGCAGGCGAGAUUGGAUGUCAUCAGCCGGAUGGCCAGGGAGCGUCAGCGCGAGCUGCAGGGAAUAUCAGGGUACCAUGUCGUGUCCGAGUUCCCUCGCCGCAGCCGCAACCGCAUCCAGGGAUUGCUUAGGGGGAGGUUCUUGAGGAAUGGGGCGCUUCCGGUUGAAGAGGAGCGACCACCAUCUGUGGCAGCGAGGGAGCUCGGGCAGUUGAGGCAGAGCCAUCGUAUGCCCGCCUUGAGAUCAGAGAGUGUUGCAAGUAGUCAAGAUGUUAGCCAAUCUGAUGCUUCUGUGCCUGAGAGUGUUAGAUUACUAGUUAAUGAUGAAUCUCAGCAAGUGGCUGAUGUGGCUUUUACUGAUACUGAGGAUACUGCCCAAACGUUGCUGGAGAAUGUGGAUUUACAAGAAAUGGAUGCAGAUCGUGCUGAGGCACACUCACCAAGUAUACCUUUGGAUGACAUGGUUGUAAUGCAAGAGUCUCUAACUCAAGGUGAUAACAUGCGGCAAGAUGAGACAGAAGAUGACACGGGAUUCUGGCAGUCAUCUUUGGAUGGCAGGCUUGAUAGGUGGCCCAGUGAUAUUGAUGAAGGUGCUGACAGAACUUGGGAAGAUAAUGCAGAAGACUUGCACAGUGAAACUGUGGAGGAGGAUGACAGGGAGCAUGGUCAUCUACAAGAAGAGCAUGAUGGAUGGCAUGAUGACGAGUCUCAUGGUACCAUGGAGAACUGGCAAGAUGAUUACCAAGAUUCCACACUUGAUACAGGCCCCAUUCCUAGGACCGAAAAUAGGUUUAUUCCACCUGAUGAUGACAAUGUGUACAGCAUGGAACUUAGAGAAUUACUUAGCAGGCGAAGUGUGUCCAAUCUUCUUAGUAAUGGCUUUGGUGAAAGUUUGGAGCGAUUAAUAAGGUCAUAUGUUCAACGGCGUGGUCAUGGUCCCCUCAACUGGAAUCUUGAUGCAGCCAUGCCCCCUACGAAUGCACCAAAUGCAAAUCAGGAACAAGAAAGGAACCCUGAAACACGGCAAUUCCAGGGUCCGGUCAAUAGACCUGCCCUUGUUAUCCCUCCUCCACCUUUGCCACCGCGACAACCAUUAUGGCACAGAGAACUGCGUCAUAACAACUGGAGCAGCAGACACAGGGAAUGGGAUGCUAUUAAUGAUUUAAGAGCUGACAUGGGUAGACUCCAGCAAGGGAUGAGCAGCAUGCAGAGGAUGCUGGAAGCGUGCAUGGAUAUGCAGCUGGAAUUGCAGCGUUCUGUGAGACAAGAAGUGUCAGCUGCCUUGAAUCGAUUUGCAGGACCUGAAGGAUUCUCGAUGGAUCUGUCUGACGAUGGAUCAAAAUGCAAUCAAGUGAGGAAAGGAACCUGCUGCAUAUGCUGCGAUACGCAAAUCGAUUCUCUACUGUACAGGUGUGGACACAUGUGUACUUGCUCGAAAUGUGCAAAUGAGCUGGUGCGCAGCGGUGGCAAGUGCCCGCUCUGCCGGGCUCCCAUCGUGGAGGUGGUCCGCGCAUACUCAGUAUUGUAAAGUGGUGGAAGAUACAGUCAGUAGGAAAGGGAAUAAGUUAACGGCAAGUGAAGUUUUGCUGCAAGUGAAGAAAAGGGACCCCGGAAAAAAAAAAUUGCUCUCGUUUUGCUCCUUCAUUCUUCGUUUCUUCUUCUUUGUGUAUCUAUAGGGGAGGCUACUUACGUUGCCUGCAUAUUCGUUGCCUUGCUGCUUUGCGUCGCCGAGACGCAGGCGGCAAAGGGCGUGCCAUUGAUUUUUGGAAGAGCUUGCGUUGGGAUGGGAAGGUGUGUCUCCAUGCAAGCUGUUUCACUGUAUAUUUAUACACUGACUGAUCCUCAACCGAAGCAGACACCUGCAAUGCAUUGAUAUAUACAAGGUUCCCUGACUACUAUCUAGUCCUUGUUUUCC